AUGGCAGUAGCCUAUGAAAAAAUUUUAUGGGUGGCCUCUGUGCUUGUGCUACUUUUAGGCUUUGCCUCAUGCUCUUCACAGGGUGGUGGUGAAUUUACCCACAGAAGCUUAAAUUUUUGGAAAGCAGCCAGGGCCCGUGUUCCACCAACUGGACCACCUAACACUGGAACAUCAAGAAAAUUCAACUUUGGUACUUUGCCAAAGGGCACUCUAAUUCCUCCGUCUUGGCCUAGCAAAAGAACUUCAAGACCUCCCCCUCCUCCUCCUCAUCCUUCCAACUUUGGUACUUUGCCAAAGUACACUCCAAUUCCGCCAUCAGGGCCUAGCGGAAGAACUUCGGACCCUCCUCCUCCUCCUUUCAACUUUGGUACUUUGCCAAAGUACACUCCAAUUCCGCCAUCAGGGCCUAGCGGAAGAACUUCGGACCCUCCUCCUCCUCCUUUCAACUUUGGUACUUUGCCAAAGUACACUCCAAUUCCGCCAUCAGGGCCUAGCGGAAGAACUUCGGACCCUCCUCCUCCUCCUUUCAACUUUGGUACUUUGCCAAAGUACACUCCAAUUCCGCCAUCAGGGCCUAGCGGAAGAACUUCGGACCCUCCUCCUCCUCCUUUCAACUUUGGUACUUUGCCAAAGUACACUCCAAUUCCGCCAUCAGGGCCUAGCGGAAGAACUUCGGACCCUCCUCCUCCUCCUUUCAACUUUGGUACUUUGCCAAAGUACACUCCAAUUCCGCCAUCAGGGCCUAGCGGAAGAACUUCGGACCCUCCUCCUCCUCCUUUCAACUUUGGUACUUUGCCAAAGUACACUCCAAUUCCGCCAUCAGGGCCUAGCGGAAGAACUUCGGACCCUCCUCCUCCUCCUUUCAACUUUGGUACUUUGCCAAAGUACACUCCAAUUCCGCCAUCAGGGCCUAGCAGAAGAACUUCGAGCCCUCCUCCUCCUUCUCCUCCUACUCAUCCUUUCAAUUUCAGGAUGCAGCAUUCCGGGCCUUCAUACGGUCCACCUCGCUAUGAGAUUCCACCUCCUCCCGCAUUUUAG